GAUGGUUUAACGCUGUUAUGUUUUCUCAGAUGUGGCUGAAAUUCUUCGCUGUAGUUCCGUUUAUUGCUGUUUGUACUUUUUAUACGACUUUUUACCACCAGCCGAAAGUAGAGGACAGGUCGGUUAUAAGCGCGUAUUUCUUUACUACAACUUUAUGCUGUUUGCACGGUUAAUUUUCCAAAGUAUGUCCUCUACUCUUUGUCGUCAUGUGAUCUGGGAGUCAGAGGGGCUAGUGGCCUACCUUCGCCCCCGUCCCUGGACUCCAGGCUCUGUAAUACUUGAGAGCAAGACUCCUGGUAACCCAGGAGGCAGCAUUUUUCACCUGGAGGAGUCAGAAUAUUUGUCCUGGCUGCUGGGGGCGAGAACUGUAGCACAGCUGCUGUGUGACAGACUCGGGGUUCGGAGGUGUGCACUGGUCAGCAGACCUCACAGAGACAGACCUGCUCAGAUCAGUGUCCUCCCCCUACAUGGUCUGGAUGCAGAGUGGCGGCCUCAUCUAGCUGGAGAAGAAGAGCACAACACCCAUGACCCGGGAUACUGCACCUCCAAGACUGCCCCUCGCUGGAGUGACUCUAGCCUGACUGAAAUCCAGACUAAGAUUAGAGGCAAGCUCCCAUUCCCUAAUGCCCCACCUAAUCUGACUUUCCUCGGGGACGAUCCGGCUCACCCUGGCAUUUUCUCCUGUAUUGUUCGUGGGGAGGAGCAGCAUUGGCGGGUAUGGGAGGAUGAAAGUCAUGUGGCCUUUCUCACUCCUUUCCCCAACUCUCCAGGACUCACUGUGUUAGUCCCGCGCCGACCUCUGACCUCGGAUAUAUUCAGAUUAGAAAAGAAAGACUACGAGGGCCUGGUGCUAGCUACCAAAAAGGUGUCAUGCCUCCUUGAGGAGGGAUUGGGUGCUUGGGGGGUCGGGCUUAUUUUUGAAGGUUUUGAGAUUGACUACGCUCACGCUAAGUUGAUACCGCUGUUUCUGUCCUCAUCAGAUGGGGCCCCUAAACCCUCAUCUCCCCAAUUGCACCCCACUUAUCCAGGAUAUGUAACAUCAGAGGACGGACCUGAAGCUAGUCCAGAAAGUCUGAAGAUGAUGCACUCCAAAAUUACUGAGACUUGAUGCUGUUUUGAGUAAUCUUAUUCCUAGUGUGGCAAAGAUCAUUUUUUAUUAAUUUUUUACUUAAUAAUGUGCCCCACUUUUCUGUUCACUGACUAAUUUUUACUCUGGAUCAGCAAAAAUCUAAGAAGGCGAUUAAAGUAAUAUCUUGUUUACCUUUUCAUUAAAAAUAAAAAUCUUAUCUGAAA